AGCUCCUUGGUGGUGUUGUGAACAGCGCAAUAAUACUUUACCCGACAAUGUCUCGACUUACGAUUUUCCUUGUCAUCGCUGUGGCGUACGAAGUCAUUGCCGAUGGUAAAGUAAGAGAUUCACGUGCGGAGCAGUCUGGCUACCUUUCUCCAGUGAUCGCAGCUGGCAACCUUGGACUUGCGGGCGCGGCUGUUGGUGCGGGCCCAGGGAUCAUCGGCGGCCCUGCAGUGGUAGCUGCCGGACCUGCGAUUGUCGGAGCUGGGCCUGCAGUCGUUGCAGCUGGACCCGCAGUAGUUGCCGGAGGCCCCGUGAUCGGAUCCGGUGCUGCACUAAACAACGCGGCAGCCGUUGGUGCAGCUCAACUAAGCGCCAUCCAAAAUGCACAGGCUGUCCAAGCUGCACAGAUCGCCAACUCAGCUGCUGCCGCUAUCCAAGAAGCGCGUGCUACUGAAGCCGCUGCUCGUGCCGGACAAGCACAGGCCAUGAACAACGCUGCCGCUCUGAACGCUGCCCGUAUCGCUAACAUCCAGCGCGCUCAGGCUGCGGCCUGGGAAAACGCCAGGGCUACAGAGGCGGCCAGACGUGCGGGAGCUGGAGCUGCAAUGGAGGCUGCACGAGCUGCCGAGGCCGCGCGUGUGGCCGACGCCGCCCGUUUACAGGCCAUCGCUAUCGCCAACACUCGCAGCGUGGAGGCCGCUCGCAUCGCCAACGCUGCCCGUGCUCAGGCCGCUACGGUUGCAAACAGCGCCGCCCAGGCGCAGGCUGUAGCUGACUCAGUCGCCAGGACUGCUCACGAUGGUGCCUUGUUGCUGGGCGGUGGUGGUGCCAUCGUCGGAGGAGGUGCCGUGCUCGCCGGGCCCGCUGUGGCAGUCGGUGGACUCGGUGGCUAUGGACUAGGAGGCGCAGGGAAGCUCAUCCACCACUAAGGAGUGAAUAAUUAACUUGUACCUUUGUAAAAACAGAUAAUUUCUACAUCCAUUUCGUAUUCUUGUAUAGAAAUGGUUAGCAGCAGAUCUUCUGAGGUUUAUGAC